UCUACCAUCAUGCUCAUAAUUUAGCAGAUAACUUGAGACAAGCACCCUACAUAAUUAUGCUUAAUGGCCGAGACAAAAGUAGCAAUCAUGUAUAAUAAAGAACAAAAGUGUGUUGGCAUGCAUAUCUUAUACCGAUAUGCAAGGCUCAGCUUACCAAGAUUCUAGUUGUCUCCUUGUGCAGAUGAGCAUUUAGUGUGUGUAUAUAUAUAUAGAAGAAAGUAGAGCAGAAGGCUGAGAAACAGAUCCAUCAUCUUCCUCUUCUAGCUCCAAUCCUUCAAGAGAUUGGCUGAAAAGAAAGCAGCAAUGGCCUGUUCGGCUUCAACGGAAGAGAAGACUUUUCAUGUUCGCUCAGUCAGCUUACCUUCCCAAGCUCAUCCAACUACGGUCAGAGUUGAAGAAGAGCUACACAAACUUAGAAUUUGUGUAGAACCAUCGGCAUCUUCGGUGACAAGGGAGAUGAUCUGCAAUGGGUUGAGACACCUUGGUGAAGUGUAUGAUGACAUGGAGGAUCUUCUUCACCUCCCGUGCAUCCAACAAGGUCUGCUCCACCUUGGACAGAAGAAAACAUGGCAGCAACAUCUGGAUGGCUCAAUCAAAUUGUUGGACUUCUUUGGCAUAAUUAAGGAUGCAGUCAACUCAACUAAAGAGAGCAUUCAGGAUCUCCAGCUAUCAGUUCGGAGAAGAGGCAAGAAUUCCAUGGAAGAUAGACUGAAGGCUCAUAUUCGUUCGAGAAAGGCAAUGCAGAAGAUGAUCAAGAAGAGCUAUAGAGACAUGAAGCAGGCCCAUGGCAAAUGUCAACCUGAAACUGAACCUAUGGAGCUAUCAAUGAUCAUGAGGCUUCUGAACGAAGCAAGCGUGAUCACCAGGUCUCUCCUUUGCUCAAUCAUGCAUUCAAUGUUUGCCCAAAGAACAAAAGGUAGCCAGUGGUCACUUUCCUCAAGGGCCAAGAGAGUGGCUUGUGAGGACUUGUGUCAGUCCUGGAACGUGGAUGUCUUGCCAAACAACCUUAAAGAUGCAGACAUUGAGAAGAUCACAAUGGUGCGAGGUCAAUUGAUGACAAUAGAGAACAGUCUUGGAGACCUUGAGGAUGGUUUGGAGAGCUUAUUUCGGAGAUUAAUUCGAAAUCGAGCUUCAAUUCUCAACAUUCUUAGCAUCUAGAAGGGCAUCCAGCAUUUGGUAACUGAUCACCACCUUGGCAUCUGCAUUUUAAAGGAUGUGCUGAUGCAAUCCAAUUUUUGUUGUUAUAUUUGAGUGUAAAAAGUGUAUAAAAGCAACAGUUCUUGAACUUGAAAUACAAGAUUUAUCCAUCAAGGACCACUCACUCAUCUGUUGGACUCUCUUUUGCCUUGGAUUGUUUCUGAAUUUGUUUCCUUAUUAUUCACUAAAUCAUAGAAGAAGAAAAACAGAUUUUAGAAAAUCCAUGAAAUAAUUUAAAUCCUUAUUUAAGACUGAAUGGUUAACCUGUGUUUAGAAUAAUCAAUGAUAAAAGCAUGAUGACUAAGUACCUCACAAAUCUUUUAAAAAGUAUUCUUGGGUUUUCAUUUGAGCUACAGGCAAAUAUUAACUUCAUUAAAAUGCUGUAAAGAUUCUUCUUGUCUCUCCAAAUCUAAAUGCGUAAGUAGACACAGGGAAUCAAGAUGAACAAUCAUACUAAAACAGUGAUUAUUAAAACUCAAAUCUGAUCUUAGAUUAUGUUAUCUUCUGAUGGAUGGAAGUCAAGUUUUCA